CGAUGUCGCGCUACUACCUCGCGUCGACCGACGUGCGAGCCGACGGCGACCGCAGUCGAGUCGAGAGUCGAGAACGCGUCGCUUCACGUCCACGCGCCUCCCUGAUCGUCAGCUGCCUGCCCGCCGCGGUUCGCUUGUUUCUGCACUCGGCGAGUCUGCCGAUCGGACGUUUUUCGCUUGUUCCGCGGCCAACUGAGAUACGAUGGCGGCGAUCAACACGCGCCAGUUUAUCAAGGUAUGACGAGUACUUGAGGUGUACGAAGGCACAGGUGCGGAAUUGCGCCCGGGGGAGCCAAAAUGGCGGACGUAGGGUGCUAGUAGGGCGUGGCGAGACGGAUUUGUCGUUAUGCAUGUGCAACAGGAUUCAAGCCGUAGGAGAGAGUUUCCUUCGUUCUCGAUUAUCUAAAUAGGCAGCCCCGUUAGAGUAGAAUAGGGCUGCGGGAAUUCAAGACUAAUUGAAAUAAUUACAUGUUAUCAAAAUAUACGGUGAGGUGGCUGGCAUCGUAAUGUGUAAGAGCGAGAAUCGUCCAAUAUGUAUGUUUGGAAGAGUGCGCGGGUCCGUGACCUCCUACUCGGGCUGCUAGGCAACGAGGAGGUCCAGAAGCGUCCAACGCUAUGGAACCCUGGCUACAAGACUUACAACGACAAACAAAUGAGGAAAGAAUGCUGGGAGGAACUCACAAGGCUGUUCAUGCCAGGGGAUAACGUUACUCAAGAGGAAAGAGAAGCUUUUUCCCGCAGCCUUCAGCGUCGCUGGAAGAACCUGCGCGACUGCUACGCUCGCGAACUCGUCCGUCCUAAGAAGAGCAGCUACCUGUACUACCAGCAACUGUCAUUUCUCCAAAACGUCAUCAAGAGGCACAAGCGCAUCUUUCCGAUCGAACCGGUGCCCGAAUCGCCGAAUCAGAAGCAGCCCGCGAACGUCCUGUUGAGCCUGAAGGGAGCCGCCGCAGCGCUGGCAGGGGGCGCUAGUAGCGGGGAGGACCAAGCGGCGCCGCCUGACAGCACCGAGGUGGACGAGUCGGAUUGCGACAGGUUGUUCCUGAUGUCGCUGGUGAAACCGCUGAAGGACAUUCCCGAAGACGCGAGGUUCGAAGUCAAAAUGGAGAUCAUGCAGAUCAUCCAGCAGGCGCGUCUCAAGGCCAAACACAAUCCGGAGACGAACCAGAUGAUCCAAAUGUACAACAUGAAAGAGGAGGUGAACUACGAUGCUUACAAUGAGCAAAGCAUGGACUCGAUCAAGGAGCCUGCGACUCCAAAUUUGUCGGCGAGCGACGAUGAUGAUGACGACGAUGAAGAAGAAGACGCUUGAGAAGUGACAGAUUUAAGUUGCGGAAGAAAUACCUUCUUGUCGGUGAAGUUUGGUGGUUUCGUCUGUUAGGUGGAGUAAGUCUUUUCUUAUCGGGAAAGGUUCAAAGUAAUUUAUAUUUCGACAGUCUAUCUAUUAUGUCUGGCCAUUUUGGAACACUCCAGUCUGGUCAACUUGAAAGUUUAUGUGGAGCCUUAUCUUUCAGACUCAACAGAUGGAAAGGGCUAAAUUUUGCGUUUGGCUUUUACCACAAAAGUCAAAUUGAGAAUUUUAUUAUGAGGAAUGGCUCGUUUUUGAUACGUCCAAUGAAAGGAGACGAAAAGUUUGCGUUCGGAAAUGUUCCUGACCUUGACCUUCACAGGGUAUUUAGAGAUCCAAAAUGAACCUAUAAGCCUGCAGGAAUCGACAGACAUUUUAUUAUUAUGUGAUGAUCAAGGUCACUUAACCACGCAAAGUUUUCCGCUGUUGGGUUCCAUUCGUUCAAGGUGACCUCCAAAGGACCUUGAAAGUCCAAUUGAAAAAUUUCAAGCUGGCUUAAGGUACAUAGUUUUCUUAAAGCCUGCAAUGUUGUCAUUUUUUGUUCGAGCAGCAGUUCUGAGAUUUGGUCGGAGAGUUAUUAAACACACUGGAGUGACCAAUAAAGUUCGUAUAAAUUACACUGUUGCCAAAUUUCACUUUGUCUUAUUCAUUACGUAAUGUUGUUAGAUGUCCAGCGAAAGUUUAUGUGUAAUGAAUGUACCUCUAUUGUUUUAAGUACUAUACAUGGAAUUUUUGCAGAUUGUACUUCCAGUAUUAACUUACAGAAUAGAUCGAUGAGAAAGCGUUCAUUUUGUAUUUUAAGCAAUAUGUUGAUGUUUGCUAAAAUUAACGUUAUUUCCAUGAAAUAAUCUUUCACCCUUUUCCUUUUUAGACUAUAAAAAUUUGUUGUAGUGUGGACUAUUUUUUGCACUGUUCUCGUAUAUUGUUUUUGUCCUACAUGUAAAAUAAUGCAUUUUUUCAUAUUAUCUUUUUUCUUGAAAUCAUCAGUCGUAUUAAAACGGCACACUAAAAAUAUCUCGACCUCGUAGUAUUAUGCGUUUUAUUAUUUAAGUUAUGGUUAGUGAUAAGUUCAAAAGGUGCACUUUUUCUAGGUUAAUUUUUUUACUUUUUUAUGGAAAUGCAUGUUAAUAAAUAUACUUGGGUAUAUA